UCCUCUCAUCUCGGGUCGCCCUCUUCCAUCUUUUCCGCCGCUGUUUGAGUUUCAAGGAUUAGGGUGUCUUGUGCGAUUCUAGCGAGAUCGGCCGGAGAUGGGGCACUCGAACGUCUGGAACUCGCAUCCAAAGAGCUAUGGCCCUGGAUCCCGGGUUUGCCGUGUUUGUGGCAAUCCUCAUGCGAUUAUAAGGAAGUAUGGUCUUAUGUGCUGCAGGCAAUGCUUCCGCAGCAAUGCCAAAGAAAUUGGCUUUAUUAAGUAUCGCUGAAGAUGGAUGUUGAUGCAGAAUCAGCACUAGUAGUCUAUCAUGAUCUGCCAGAUUUUAGUUUGGACAAUAUUUUGUAUUGCAUUUUAUCUUCUAAACAUGGCGUUUUCGUUUGAACAAGGAUUUGUGUUUAACGUGUUGCCUUCAGUUCAUCAAUAAGACUUCUAAAUACAUUUGCACUA